UCAUGAUUUCCUUCCCUUCAUGUUGUUUGUCAGUUGUUUUAGUUAAACAUGUCUUUAAACCAGUGCAAGAAGAGCAGUUCACUCAGCACGUGUCUAGAAGCCAGGGGGUACCAGUUUCACUUCCCUCCUGCUUCUCUGCAACUCUCAGUGACGCGCAGUGAGAAGCAGGAGUGGUGAAACACAACGCUUGGCACUUCAGGGCUCCCCUCUCCAGGUCCUGCAGUGAUACCCAUGCUGCUUUCUCCUGCACUCCUGGCCUCCUGAAGAUGCCCAGGAGAAGAGCUCUUCCCCUGUGGACACUGGUGGUGCUGCUGCAGCUGGUGGGCUGCCUUCCCAGCCCCUGUUUGGAGGUCAUCCCUACCAAAGCUUUCAGAUGCAUGGGACUGAACAUCUCUGGAGUCCCCUCUGAAGUCCCAAAUACCACCCAGAACCUGGAUCUCAGUUUCAGCAACCUGAAAUCACUGAGGGUAAAGUAUUUUGUGUCAGUCCCUGAACUGGAGCUUCUGGAUCUUACAAGGUGCCACCUCCAGACAAUAGAAGAUAACUCCUUUAAGGGUCUUCAUAAACUUUCCACCUUAAUUCUAACUGGCAAUCCCUUCCAGGACCUGGGACCAGCAGCCUUCUAUGGCUUAACAUCCCUGAGAAAGCUAGUGCUGGUGGAAAAUAACAUCACUUCUCUGAACGACCUACCUAUUGGCCACUUGCAUACCCUGCAGGAGCUGAAUGUGGGCCACAACAGCAUUGCUUCAUUGAAGCUUCCCAAGUAUUUCACCAACCUGACCUCUCUCAGGCACCUGAGCUUCUUCUCUAACAAGAUCACAUAUAUCUCCAGAGGAGACCUUGAUGUCCUGAAGGAAGUGAACAAACUCAACCUCACACUGGUGCUGUCCUUGAAUUACAUCAAAUGCAUAGAGUCAGGAUCCUUUGCGAAGAUUCACCUUAGUGAGCUGGUUUUAAGGUCUUCUUUUGAGAACUUCAAUGUGAUGCACUCUUCUCUUCAAGGCCUGACUGGUUUACAGGUCAAUAGGCUAAUAAUAGGAGAAUUCAGUGACAAACAGAGACUGGUGGACUUUCAGAGCGGGCUCCUGAGUGGACUGUGCCAGGUACGAAUGCAAGAGUUUGUCUUAAUCUCUUUCAGGGGGUUCAAGAAUAACACAGACACUCUUUUUAACUGCUUACACAACGUCUCCAGCAUCCGCUUGGUGGACCUGCAGCUGGAGGAGAUAUCAAAGGUUCCUCUGUUGUCUCAAGUGAAGCAGUUGGAGUGUAAGAAAUGCAUGUUUAGGGAAGUGCCUGCCACGAAGCUGUCUCUUUUCAAGGAGCUGAGAGUGCUUCGCAUUAUCAAGAGCAAACACCUCAACAGCUUCCAGAAGACAUUUCAGGGCCUGCGUAACCUGGAGGUCCUAGAUUUGAGUGAGAAUCGCCUCUCCUUCACUCUCUGCUGUUCCCCUAAGUUCCACAACUGUCCCAACUUGAAGCACUUGAACCUCAGCUUCAAUGCAGACAUCAGCGUGACUGGAGAUUUCACUAACGUGAAGAACUUGUUGUAUUUGGACUUUCAGCACACAAAGUUAUUUGGUCCUGGCUCCUACCCUGUCUUCCUAUCCCUUCAGAAACUCAUUUACCUUGACAUUUCCCAUACCAGAACUCAUGUUAAAUCCCAGUGUACAUUCUGUGGCCUGAAUUCCUUGCGAGUGCUGAAGAUGGCAGGCAACUCCUUUGAGAACAACAAAUUGUCCAACAACUUCAAAAACCUGAGUCACCUCCACACCUUGGACAUUUCAGGUUGCAAACUGGUGCAUGUGGACCAAAGUACGUUUGAUGCCCUCUCUGAACUCAAAGAGCUAAACAUCAGCAACAAUAAGUUACUGAGCUUUGAUCCUAUGGUCUACAAGCCCCUGCAAGCCCUCACAGCCCUGGAUUUCAGCAGCAACCAGCUGAGUGUUCUCUUGGACUCAGCCCUGGAAAUCCUGCCUGACAGCCUGGUCCUGUUGGACAUCUCUCAAAACCUCUUUGAUUGCUCUUGUGUGUAUGAGAACUUCCUGAAAUGGAUCAAGGAAAAGCAGGAGCUGCUGCAGAACAAGGAGUCCAUGAUAUGCCAUACACCUGCAUAUGUGAAGAAUGUGACCUUGCCAAGCUUUGAUUUGUCCUCCUGCCAGCUCCAUGUAGGCACAGUGGCAUCCUCAGUGACCAUGUUGCUCGCUGCAGUGGUGUUCCUCUUCCUGAUUUACAAGUACUACUUCCAGCUCUACUACUCAUUGGUGCUGCUCAGUGGGUGUAAGCACUCUGCAGAAAGAGGUGACACCUAUGAUGCAUUUGUCAUCCACUCCAGCAAAGACCAAGAAUGGGUGAUGAAAGAGCUGGUGGAACCCUUGGAAGAAGGAACACCUCCCUUCCAUCUUUGUCUUUACUACAGGGAUUUCCUACCAGGGGUUCCCAUCGUCACCAAUAUCAUCCAGGAAGGUUUCCUGAGUAGCAGAAAUGUUAUUGCAGUCAUCUCCACCGACUUCCUGGAAAGUAAAUGGUGUAGCUUUGAGUUUGACAUUGCCCAGUCCUGGCAGCUGGUUGAAGGAAAGGCUGGGAUCAUCAUGAUUGUACUAGAAGAAGUGAAUAAGGCUUUGCUAAGGCAGAGGCUGGGGCUUUCCCGAUACCUAAGAAGGAACACUUAUCUGGAGUGGAAAAACAAGGAGAUAAGCAAGCACAUCUUCUGGAGGCAGCUGACAGGAGCCCUGCUAGAAGGCAAAAACUGGAAUCACGAGCAGGUAAAGCUCAUGUGAAGAGAAAGGGAGAUCACUUCUCUCCUGUUUCCCAUCAUGGCCUUGGCUGAUGGCUCAGAAGAUGGUUCUUCUGUGGCUGUUCAGUCAGAGCAAGAGGAUGGAGGCACUGUGGAAGCACUACAGAAAUACCUGCUGUGCUGGUCACCCUUUCUCAAGGGAACUUGGAAGCUAAGGAGUGACAAGAAUUGGAAGAGCUGCACAUGCCUGAGCUCCAUGAAUGUCAGCCAAAGGUGGUCCAGCAAUCCAUGCAGGUCUGGUGGGUUGGUGAAUGGAUGGACUGCUCUUACUGUUAUUUGUCUGUCUCUGAAACUGGGUUUGGGGCCUGGGGCCAUUUACUCAGUGGAACUUCAGGAUCUGUUGCUUAGGAUCUCAGGGGAGAGCAAAGGUUCAGGAUGCUUGGCUCUUAAAGUGGUGGGAAACAGAAACAAGGUUUGAAUCCUGAAAGCCUUGGGUCUGCGUCCUUUGGCACCAUGACCCAGGGGAAAACCCCCAUAGAGGGAAAUGGGAUGUCCUACAGCCACCCACCAGCUUACAGCAGCUCCUCAGUGAUGCUGAACAACUAUGGCAUCAGUGGGGGGGGAAGUUGCUCUUGGUGGUAAAAUUCCCCCAACAGGUUUAUUUCAGUUUUCUUUAGACCAAAACCAAAUGUUGAAACCCCCAAAUAUUUCAGUCACCUGAAGCUCUAAUUUAUAUUCAGAUCAUACAGCAUUUGAGAGAGUGGUUUGAGGUUUCUUGUGGGAACCAAAAAUCAGUGGACCAGAAGAAGGAGUAGAAAAACUUUAAAAUCAAGGUAUUUCUUUGCUCCAACUGCUUCUCCUCAUCCAGUGUUCUGGAUAUACUACAUGGGACUGCCCUGUAUAAGCAAGAUUGAGCCUGAGCAAAAUGGGUUGAUGUUUACAGCCAGCCAGUUCCAGAAUAAGCUUUUCUACUCUCUGAAUCAGCUUUAAACCACUGUUGGAAGGAGCUGUAGGAGCCUCAAGCCCAUGGACUUUAGGUAUGUUCAGACCCUGCCAUGAGGCUGAGAGUACCUCUUCCUUCCUCCCCAUUCUGCUGUGGUCCUGGUGGGCAUCUCAGCAUGUGUGGUCAGCCCUUCCCUGAGCUGCUGCCUUAAACAGAACAGUCACUAGAUGGGAGAGGUUUGCCUUUGUUUCACAGAGAACGUGCCUGACAUUUCCCAGGGAGAAGAGAUAGAGCAGAAAAGCCUGGCUUAGCUAAACUAAAUGUAGCCCAGCACUGCCCUGAAUAAAGGGAAGGCAAGUCUAAAUGCCAUUGAAUCAUAUUACAGAGCACUCCAUUGAUGUGUGGAAUAUUGAAUAGUGCUGGAGCAUCGCUCUCUAUUUACAAAAGGCUUUGGUUGGGAUUAAUCACUGAAUUACUCUAGUUUAAAACUUGCAAAUCCUUCUAUAAUCAAUGAUGUUCCACAGAGAUAAAACAGAAGCAAUUGAGUGCUGAAUCAGAUCUGAUAUUUAUUCAGAAGGAAGGGCCUGAUCCAUCUCACUUUUCAAAGGACGAGUCAGCAACAUCUCCCUGGAUGCCAGUGAUGAGCGAGAUCAACAUCAGACACUGUUUGAGGUAGAGGAAGAACUGCUUCCAGGGCUGGUGCUGGCAAAAUCUGAGUCACAGUUCCCUCUGUGCUGUGUCAGAUAACACUACCAAAUACCCCACAGCCCUCUCUAAGGUUUCUUGUGACCCAUAAGAUGAAGCUUUAAUAAAACUAAGCUCCGUGCUGCAUUCAUUCACAGUGAGUUUGGUUUGCGUCUGCUAAGCUCCGUUGUAGCAAUUCCCAAGGUGCAGUGAUGCUCCUGGUCCUGAGCACUGCAUCUUGCCAGCAUCACCAUCAUCCUGCCUCCUCACCCAGGGGCAGAGGCUGCUGGUGCUGGGGAAGGGGUGCAGUAAACCAGGGCACAGCUUGAGAUUCCCUGGAUUGAGGCCAAAGGAGAGCAUGGAGGACAAGGCAAAUGUUGGCCUGGGUUUCAGCAGCUACAAGUUAAUUUGGGAAACAAAAGAGGUAAAAUUCAAUAGGGUGGGAGUUCCUGCUCCUGAAUUAAGCAGCAUUGAAGCUCACUCUUUCCCUCGGUAAACAAUUCAGUGUCUAUGUAUUUGUGGCACAAAGCACAGAGUGCCAUGCUUCUUGAUUGCAAUUGUAAUAAUGACUUUCAGAAAGCCUGCAAGUGGCUCUGGGCAUUAUAAUAAGGGUUUAAGGCAGUAUUGUUUAAAAAGAGAGUGUUUGUUGAAUAGCAAAAGCAACUUUAGGAGGAGAGAUGGGGUGAUGCUCCCACUCUCAGAGGAGGAGGCCAUUACCCCGGCAGUGCCCCUCUUCCAUACAUGUUGGUUUAUGAGUAUAGGAGGGAAAAGCCUGUGGGAACAAGUAUAUUUUCACCUUUUAUCCAGCAGAGAAAAAGCAGAUUUGGUUUUGGAAGACUCAAAACAGCUUUCCCAAAUACUAUGAACAUGAAAACAUUGUAUUUCAGAAACACAUACCUGUUUGCCUUCAUUACAGAAGUAAAAUUCCAAAGGAAAACUCUGAGCAGUCUCAAGUCCCAGCCAUGUUGGUGUACAUUGUUAUUUGAAAAUGCUCCCUGUGAACAGGUAGUUCUGAUGUGAUUUACUCAUUUGGAUGAAUAAAUGAGCAGGUUACCCAAGCAUCCAUGCAGGUCUGCAUUCAUUCAUCUCUCAUGUAAAUAGCUGAACCAGUUAUUUCCAGUUAUUAAUUCCAGUUACCCAGUUAAAAAGCAUCUGUUUUACCCAGGUCAUAAAACCAGAUGGAGAUGAAGCUCCAAAGGGCUGCUGCACCCUGGCUAUUUCAUAUGAUCUGUAAUGGGGAUGUGCCCUGAUUUCACUCUGUGCUUAAUUUAAGCCAUGCAAAAUGCCCGUGCAGCUGAAGCUCCAGUCUUGCAUCAGUCUCACACCAGGUCGUUGUGAUGCCCCAUGUGCUGGCAUCAUCACCAAGAUGCGGCUUGGAAGGAGGGCUCUGAAGGGAGCAAGCCCUCAUUAGCAUGGUUGCAUUUGUGGCCUCACACACAGACAUUAAGGCAGUUGCAUUGAUGCCUGCCUGCAUCUGCCUGGCUGCAGCAGCCUGGAUGCUCCCUCGGCCUCCCCAAGUACCAGCACAGGCUUCCAGUGUCAGUUCAAAACCCAACAAAACAAGAAGCAGCAGCUGGUUUCUCUGGCCCAACUGCUACUUGACAGGAGCAGGUUGAAACGUUCCUGGAAGAGUGUUUGUCCUUUGGGAAACGCUCUUUUGUAGGUGGCUUCUGUAAUUUAAUGAGGUAGCAGAACGAACGUAUGGAAUAGAAAUUGUCAUAGCAGGGUUUCUGCUUUAGUAUCUCAUGGGCUUGCAUCUUGGAACAGGCACUUUGUGUGGAAACAGUGAUUUUUUUUGUACUAUUUCAGAGGGGUUGGAAUAAAAGGGGUUCAACUAAAUGUUAUUGCUCCACUGCAUCAUUUAAACCAGUGUUUGUUCAGGCUUCUGCUGUUGUUUCUCUUUUCAAUGUGAAAUCUCUAUUUAUUAAAUCUGACCAACCUCCCAAUGCAAAUACAGAAUGUACGAAUGUUCUCAGCCACCCAGAUUUAAAACCACAGCUCUUGUGGGAAAACUCAUGAUUCUUCAUUAUUGUGCCUUAAUGAAAAGCAGAACUGCUACAAAAUUCAAGCUCCAUGACCCUCUGAAAGGCUGUAUCCAUGCACUUCAGGAGGAAAAACCACUGAAGAAUGCCCAGAAUGAACUUCAUUAAGUGCUUUUUACACAACGCCUUGAGUGGGUGCAGUCGAUCAAUAUGAGCAGCCUGAGACGGAGAGCAAUUGAACCUGGUAGGAAAGAAGCAAUUCCUUAACAAGUUGUUCUUUGCCAUCGUGGCUCAGGCUGAGGAUUGGGACGAAUGACAGCAAAGCAUGAAGAAGAGCCCAUCUGCCUGUAGCACUCUCCUUCCUCAGCUUCAAGGGCAUGGAGAGGGCAAAGUCAAUAAUCCACCAGCCUGGACCUGAGAGGCACACACUGCAUAAAUGAGGACAGCUCUGGGAAGAGCCUUGGAAAUCAAGGAAAAGGAAUGAAAACAGCACGGUUUGCUGAACCACAGCUGAGGUGCAUUGAGGAGAGGGGUGAAGGUAAAGGACCAUUCACGACUGGUGGUGGGGCAGACGCUGGGCUGAGGCAAAGCAUCCCCUUGCUCUAGGGCUGCCUUCAGCCAGAGGGUUUCAGACACUGCAGCAUUAAGAGAACAGCAGCCUCCUGCCUGCUCCUUCCUCCCCUAUUGCCACAUCUUGAGCACUGUGCAAAUAACAAUAAGGUACUGUUAGGCAAAAGAGAUUUAAUUGCAGCUUACACCUCCAGAGAGGGUGAUAGGCUCCCUCCAGAUCUAAUCUCGAGCCUUUUCCUUUUCUUCUCCCCAUCCUCAUCCUUUCCUUCUCCUCAAAGUUCCUCUUUCCUUUCUCAGCCAGCAGCAAGUGACCAACCCAAAAUGUAUGAAAGAAGGGAAAGGUGUCCUUUUUUAUGUCUUCAAACGUUUUUGAGCCAGUGUUUAAAUCCUUCCGAGUGUUGGAUCCCACAAGAAGGAUUAGCAGUAAUUCCCUUGCCAUCGCUUGCUUCUGACGCUCUGACAACUCAUUCUCCUGAGAUCCCCUAAACCCACUGCUGAAUACAUUAGGCAGAGGACACGGAGGAGGCUUGAGGUGACUGUUUCCCCAUCUCCUCUUCCUACAGCCUGGCCCAGUUUAACACAACCAAAGCAAACCCAAACUUGCCUGAUGUGGGAACACUGGGAUGCUCCCGUGCUCUGGGAUUCACAAGGUGAUGCCUGAAUGCUGCUCUCCCUUCCUCCUUCAUGGGCUAAGUCUCAGGGAUGGAUCUGGUGGGAUCCUGUCCCCCCUCCUCUGUCGCCAAGGUGCAAUCCCUCUGUUUCCCAGGCAGUGCAGUGUGCUGGGAAGGGGAUGCUACCAUCCCUGCUUGCCUUUGGCUGCUGCUGAGCCCCCUCAGAUGCUACCUGUUGUCUUUGCCUGCCUUGUUUUCUCCGUUGGUAAAAUGGGGCUCACAGCCUGCACACUGUGAUUUACUGGGGUGAAGCACCGAGAGGUAGGUGGAGUCUAGAUCAGAGCUGGUGAAAGCUACGCUUUCUGUUCCUCAACUCCAUUUCCCUAUAUUGGGAUUCUGAAAUCCUUUUCCACAGCUCUCCCCAUGCCAGCAAACGUGUGCCUGAGCCAGGUCCUUCCAACCCCUUUCCUAUCACUGCUCCUGCUCACAGUCUCUUAAGAUUCACUUAAAGAGCUGCCCAGAGAAGCUGUGGCUGCCCCAUCCCUGGCAGUGUUCAAGGCCAGAUUGGACACGGGUUUGGAGCAAGCUGCUCUAGUGGAAGGUGUCCCUGCCUGUGGCAGGGGUUGGAGCUGGAUGAGCUUUAAGGUCCUUUCCAGCACAAACCAGUCUGGGAUUCUAUGAUAUAAGGGAUAUAAACAUACUGACAGUAGCACAGGAAAAAUCCAUAUUUGGCCCCCAGGACUCUCUUUGCCAUUCUGCCUUAGCAGCAAAGCUGAGGUGUGUGCUUCUGCCAUCCCUUCAUUGACACCACAAGUAUUAAACAGAACUGUUUUUAAUAAGAAAACUCCCAUCUUCACCCUCUCUGACACGUGCCCCACAUCUUUCUGUCCUGCACAGUCAGCAAGUUUCAGUUCCCUGCUGCUUGCCCCUCUCAUGGCUCAUUUCUUGCCCAUUGCUGAGCUGGGCCAGCCCCGUUCUAUGCUCUGUUGGUUUCCCCCCACCUCUUGCUGCCCCAUUGAGGGCAGGUGGGUGACAGGAUUCACCCCUCAGCCUCAUUCAGAAACUGCCUGAGCUGUGUUAUCUAGAGGCUUGAUAGCAAUAUAAGGAUGCCUGUGUGCUAGAGGGUGCCCUGGCUGGAAAGCAGCCUCUGCUCUGAUGUCAAUAGCAGUACCCUGCAUAAUGGACAGGUUUCUCUCCUGCAUCCCUGCAGCUGUGAUGAGGAGAGAAGGACGGUAAGAAGCUGGAACUGAAGCCUGAGCCAAAUCUAGGGAGUUGCUUGCCCUCCUUGGUAACAGCUCCACUUGGAAAAAUAGGGAAUAUUUAUAAAGAGCUUCAUGAAAGCAAAGGAUAUCAUGAUUUCAGUGUAAGCAGACAGCAAGCGAGAUAGGAGCAUCCCCUUAGAUUUGCCUGCCGGAGGUUAUUUACCUCGGGAAGCUGCUGAAUAAAAGAUACAAACCCCACAACAAAAA